AUGAAGGACGACCUGCAAGAAGAAGAUUGGGAAUGUUGUCUGAGCUCCACCCACAAGUUCUACGCGAGAAGGCAUCAGUCGUAUAUAGAACGAUUAGACAGCGACAAAGAGACCCUGGAAUAUUUGAUGUCAGAUCAUCUGAGAAUGGGAGGAGCUUUCUGGGGUUUGGGCGCCCUUGAUAUGAUGGGUUUCUUGAACAAGCCACCUCUGAAGUCUACAGAGAUGGUGUCUGAAUGUUUCGAUCGCAAGUCUUCGGUUUCCUCGAAAACGAUAGUCGCAUGGAUUUCUAAGUGCUGGGAUCCUCUCCGUGGAGGCUACGGCUCAAAUAUUGGCCAAGACGCCCAUUUGACUUCAACACUAGUGAGUGGCUUCUUUUGUUGUACUUAUUGGGGAUGUCAGUAUGCUUUGCUCAUUUUAGCGAUGAUGAAUUCUCUCGAUGAAGUUCAAGUAGAACCACUGAUCGCUUGGGUUCAAUCCCUCCAGAAUCCUGAUGGCUCAUUCUCGGCGGACGAAUGGGGAGAAUCAGACGGCCGUUUCAUUUAUUGCGCUAUUUGUAUAUUAACAAUCGUUAAUCGGUUGAACUGUAUCAGCACGGAAAAAGCACGCCAUUGGAUCAUCCAAUGUCAUAAUCCUGAUGGAGGAUUCGGGAACGUUCCGGGAGCUGAAUCCCAUGCAGCAUAUGUUUUUUGCUCUGUUGGAGCUUUGUCUCUUCUAGAAAGUCUAGAUUUAAUCGAUCGGGACGCCGUUGGACGGUGGCUAGUCGAGCGCCAGAUUCCGGGUCGAUGUGGAGGUUUCAAUGGACGACCGGAGAAAGCUCCAGAUGUCUGUUAUUCCUGGUGGAUUCUAUCAGCGCUGAAAGUCAUUGGUCGAGAUCACUGGAUUGAUUCUAAAGCGCUUACAGAUUUCAUUCUAAGCAGUCAAGACGAGGAAGGAGGGAUCGCAGAUCGUACUGGAGACAUUGCUGAUGUCUUCCACACAUUCUUUGGGGUAACUGGUCUAUCGCUUCUUGGGGCAGUCAGGGAACUCAAACCGGUUGAUCCAGUGUAUUCGUUGUCGUUAGAUGUUGUCCGUAGAAAUAAGCUACCUGGUGCCUUCUACUCUGAAUAG